GAUGAAGACCGGCCGAGUUGAUGGAGUGGAGGCAAUGCUGAGUCGAUGGAAGGAGCGUGGCGGUCUCGGGGAUCAGAAUUGCAUCGUCUUCAGAAUCACCGCCUUCUUGAGCCGCCAUUGAUGAUGCGCCGCCGCCGAUGAUUCUGGUUGCGACUCGACUUCAAUUGUACUAGGGUCUAGGGCUUGUUUGGCUCACUAUUUGAUAUUUACACUUUUUAUACCGCCAAGUUGAUCGGAUUUGGAUCUCCAGCAAUGCGUCCCCACAUGAAUUUACGAAUAGGCCCCUACCGAUGUACAUAAUUACAAGGGACCAGGCCGGCAUGGAUCUCAAACCAGUUCUCAUCUGUGCAGUCUGCAAAUUCCCUGAAAAAGAAAAAAAUUUCUUAUUUCUGGAGAAGAUGAUCCGAUCGGUGAUGGUGAUAAACACGCAGGGGAAGCCUCGCCUUUCCAAGUUCUACGAAUUUCAGCCUGUGAAGAAGCAACAGGAACUUAUACGCAGCGUCCAUGGAGUGUUGUCCAGUAGAGGUGAGAAUGUGAGCAAUUUCGUGGAUGCUGAGUCUAUUUUCGGCCCGGAUACUCGCCUUGUGUACAAGCACUUUGCAACUUUGUACAUCGUCUUUGUAUUCGAUAGCUCUGAAAACGAGCUUGCCAUGCUCGACCUCAUACAAGUAUUUGUGGAAACAUUGGACAAAUGCUUCAAAAAUGUAUGUGAGCUUGACGUGGUGAUCAAUUACAGCAAGAUGCAUACCGUAUUGGAUGAGAUUAUUUUUGGAGGUCAAGUGCUGGAAACAAGUUCAACUGAAGUUAUGAAGGCCGUCGAAGAAAUCUCAAGGUUAGAAGCAGCCUCAAAUGCCAUCUCACUGGUCCCAAAAUCUGUUUCCGCCUGGCGGAGUCGAUAGUUUGCAGUUUUGACUGAUUUGUUAUAAUGUUCUCUUUUGAUGUCACACCGAGGCCGAGCCUCCAAAGCUUCUUUGAUAGGAAUCACUGCAGAGCUCUUGCAAUAUUAGUGCGAUGUUUGUGAAUAUUUGGAUGCUUGAUGGAUGGCUGAUUACUUACAUGAAAAAAAAUAAGAAACAUGCGACAAGCUUGAGUUAUCGGCAUUAUA